AUGGAGGGCAAGAUUGAAUCGGUUCAGGUCUUUGGCCGUAAGAAAAACGCCACGGCUGUUGCAUAUUGCAAGCGUGGUCAUGGCCUUAUUAAAGUGAAUGGCACGCCCAUCGAACUGGUGGAGCCCGAAAUUCUACGUGUCAAGACCUACGAGCCCGUACUUUUACUGGGCCAGCAGCGUUUUGCCAACGUGGACAUUCGUAUCCGCGUAAAGGGUGGUGGUCACACUGCACAGAUCUAUGCUAUUCGUCAAGCAAUUGCUAAGGCUAUUGUCGCCUACUAUCAGAAGUUCGUGGAUGAGGCAUCGAAGAAAGAAAUCAAGGACAUCUUGCUUGCGUAUGACCGUACCCUUCUGCGCUCGCGCUCGCUUCCAGAAGUCGUACCGUUAGCUGCUUCUCCUCUUGAUGAGGUGACCCUCGCUACUGCUCGACUUGGUACCCACGUCACUCCAUUACUGCAAUUUGCUGCGUUGCGUGGGAAAGUUGACCUUUUAGUAUCUCUUCGGAUGGCGGUCACUGGUAAGCGUGGUGUUGGCAUUCCGACAAUUCUGCUGCACGACGGUGAGGGAACGAUUGUGUCCAUUGAGAUGAAGACUGGAGAGACGUACCGGGGACUACUCGACGAGACGGAGGAUAAUAUGAAUUGCGUCAUGAAGGAGGCUGUGCGCACUGACAUUAACGGAAACACUAGCCAUGUGGAGCAAGUCUAUUUGCGUGGCAGCCAGAUCCUCUUUAUCGUGUUCCCUGACAUAUAUCCUUUACAACUAUAUUCUACACAUUGCACGUUGAAGCACGCCCCGAUGUUUAAACGAGUCAAAAUGUGGAAAAAGCACAAAGGCGCGAUCCCAACAUUGGGACAAGGGGGAGUCGGCGGUGGUGCACCGAGGGGACAAGCCGCUGCAAUUAUUCGGAAAGCUCAGGAGCGGAGAGGUGGAUUUUGA